AUGGCGGGACCGGCAGUAGCGGGAAAGGUCCAGGUCGGCCGCACGUCCAAGUUCAGCGUGCUCGAUCCCAAGGGCAGCAAGGUCAAACACGUCGUAGCACCUGCUGCUGCUGCCACUGCUCCCACCGUGGCGGAUGAAGUCGCCAACAAGGAUGGGAAGCGAGAAAGCAAGACGCGGCUGACGGAGUCCACGGGGAAGCUGAUCGAAGAGGGGAGGGGAAACAUCGGCGGCGACUUCACACUGCAGGGCAACCCUAAGUUCCUCAAGGAACGGUCCGCCAAGUUCGACGCCAUCGCCGCCAGGCAAAAGGAGCGACUCGCCCAGAAGCCCAAGCUGGAGAUCAGCGUGGUUCUCCCCGACGGGACCGAAAAGAAGGGGGUCUCGUACGAGACCACUCCCAUGGACAUCGCGAAGGGCAUCAGCAAGAACCUCGCGAAGGAGGUGGUCGUGGCGGAAGUUCGAUACUCGUCUCGGAUCGAGGACGACGAGCAGAACGUGUCGAGCGCGGACGGCAUGGAGGCCGAAGGUAGUGACGAGGAAGAGGAGGGGGGGGGGUGCGGGCACGACCACGGGGAUAAGGAAGACGCGUCGGCGGAGCUCUGGGACAUGCUGCGACCGCUCAUCGGAAACUGCCGGCUGCGCCUGCUCAAGUUUGAGGACAAGGAAGCCCAGACGGUAUUCUGGCACUCCUCGGCGCACUGCCUGGGGUUCGCGUUGGAAAAGAAGUUGGGCUGCCACCUCACCCACGGACCCCCUGUCGACAACGGAUUUUUUUACGACUGCUACAUGGGGGGCAGCGCGGUAGGCGAGAAGGACCUGAAGGACCUUGACAAGGAGGUCACGAGGUGCUGCAAGGCUAAGCAGACGUUCGACAGACUCGUGCUCACGAAGGAGGAGGCCCUGGACAUGUUCGACUACAACGCUUUCAAGAAGGAGUACAUCAACACGAGAAUACCGGAUGGGGGCAGCACCACCGUGUACCGUAACGGAGAUUUCGUAGACCUUUGCCGGGGGCCCCACGUCCCCUACUCGACGAUGAUCCAGGCCUUCAACUCCAUCAGGACGUCCUCGACCAACUGGCUGGGGAAGGUGACGAACGACCCCCUCCAGCGCGUGUACGGAGUGGCGUUCCCUUCGAAAGACCAGAUGAAGAAGUUCAACGAGUUCCAAGAGCAGGCGAAGAAGAGAGAUCACCGGCGGGUGGGUGUCCAGCAGGACCUCUUCUUCUUCCAUCCCCUGUCUCCCGGCUCGGCGUUCUUCCUCCCCCACGGCACGCGGAUCUACAACAGGCUCAUGGAGUUCAUCCGCUCGGAGUACUGGAAGAGGGGCUACGAGGAGGUGACGACGCCGAACAUGUACAACAUGGACUUGUGGGAGCAGUCCGGCCACGCGGCGCACUACAAGGACGCCAUGUUCCGCUUCCCUGUGGAGGGGCAGGAGUUCGGCCUCAAGCCGAUGAACUGCCCGGGGCACUGCAUCAUGUUCUCCCAGGGGGUGAAGUCGUGGCGAGAGCUUCCCCUGCGAUACGCGGACUUCGGAGUUCUCCACCGCAACGAGGUCUUCGACGCGAUGGAGCGGGUCCACCAGUGCGCCACCGUACAGCUCGACUUCCAGCUGCCCAUCCGGUUCAACCUCAAGUACAGCGCGGGGACCGAGGAGCACGGUGACGCCAAGCCGGAAGCGGCUAAGCCCGCGGAAGGCGGAGGAUCGGAGGCUAAGCCCGCCGGCGAGAAGCGGCCGGUGAUGAUCCACCGUGCCAUGCUGGGGUCAUUGGAGAGGAUGAUCGCGGUGCUCACUGAGCACUACGGGGGCAAGUGGCCGUUCUGGCUGUCGCCUCGGCAAGCGCUCAUCGUACCCGUCGCCCAAAAAUACAACGACUACGCCACCAACGUCAAGGAUCGACUGCACAACGCAGGGUUCUACGUGGACGUAGAGACGAGCAACAAGACUCUCAACAAGAAAGUGCGGGAGGGCGUGACGGCCAAGUACAACUACAUCCUGGUCGUGGGGGAAGCGGAAGAGGAAGCGGAUGAGGUUAACUUGCGAGGGAAAGGUCAGCAGAAGGUCUCCGACUUGAUGCAAAUGUUCCAGGAUCUCACGGAUAAGCACCAGUAAACAAACGCACACACGACGACGACGAUGACGACGCGGAGCCAGCUCGCGUCUUAAGGGUUGUUGUGUUGCGCUUGGGAGAGCGAAGGCAAGCGUCUUGGCCCGCCGCCCACGCCAGUUGUUCGAACUAUAAUAGCUGUCCGUAACCUGUGUUUGAGGAAACGAUGCACUCCUGGUGCUGAGAGUUGAUACUCAUCAGCAGUGGAUACGUGUUUUAUUUCAUAAUUUCGCGCUCCCGCGAGAAAUCCCCCCCCGCCCGAGGAGAGCAUUUUCGUAAGUUUUUUUUUUAUUUCGGGGAAUGGAAUUGUUUGGUUGGCAUUAUUUCUGAGAGAAAGAAAUAAGGGUGAAUGAAAACACACGGCCUGCAGGCAAGUUGGAGGGAGUGGCGGCCUUCGAGUUCCCGGCGCCGUUCUUUGUACUUUCUCGGGAACUAGGCUUGGUUGGUUCCGGGUAGAUCAGCAUUGUAGGUGACGCAAGGGGUCACACCCUCCGCUGGACCGAUUUCGGAGCUGGAGUUCUCCACGGCGAAGACGUAGUUGCGGCGCCGAAACGUCGGCGUUGAAAACGUCUCGUCGAGAGAGAGGUUGCCGUUAGCGUACCGUUUGGUUUGUGCGUCGUCAUGAAGUAGCUGACCUUUUAAAUAGGUUCGAGGUGUGUGUGCGGUUUUCUAUGUCAGGUCACCUACGGUUAGCAGUUGGUUGCGUUUCGGCAUCGCACAGCUGCACGUCGGCAGUAACUACGGGGAGAUUUAUUCGUGUACGUCUCCCCGGCAUCAUGAUUGAC